ACGCGCGCAGAGGCCGUUUGUGAAUGAGCAGCAGAUCGGAGCAGCAGCCCUCAGAGCAAGCUGAGUCCCAGCCGAGCAACGGGAGCAGAGCAGAGCAGAGCAGAGAGGGGAAAGAAAAGUUUUUUUUCCAAAUGGAUUUCCUCGGUAGAGUCCGACAUUUGCUGUUCUCAUAUGUGCUCAUUAACGGGAUAUUGGUUACCUUCCAGGCUAAAGAAGAGGUGCUUUUGGAUAUGAAGGCAGCUGGAGGGGAGCUGGGCUGGCUGACUUGGUCCCCAAACCAGGGAGACAGAUCUGGGUGGGAGGUCACCCAGAAAACCCUGAACGGCUCUCAGUUUUAUACCUACUCCAUAUGCAACGUCGAGGAGCGCGACCAGGACAACUGGCUGCGCACCACCUUCAUCCAGAGGCGUCCGUCCGUAUCUCAGGUGUUUGUGGAGCUUCAGUUCAUUGUGCGUGACUGCAACUCAUUCGACGGAGCCUCGCUGACCUGCAAGGAGACCUUCAACCUCUAUUCUAGCGAUGCGGACGCAGACGUGGGCACGGCCUUCCGUAAAGGCCAGUUCAGGAAGGUUGCCACCGUCGCUCCAGAUGAGAUAACGAAGAAAAAUGACAUGCGCAUCAACACAGAAACGAAAGUUGUGCAAAGCUUGUCCCAGAAGGGUUUCUACUUGGCCUUCCAAGACAUCGGAGCCUGCAUUGCUCUCCUCUCUGUCAGGGUGUACUACAAGGCUUGCCCGGCCACAACAAAAAGCCUCGCUUCGUUCCCCGAGACGGUAGCUGGAGGUCUCAACCAGCAGCUCAAGAAGGUCUCUGGGAAGUGCGUGGACAAUGCUUACAGCGAGGAUUUACCUCACAUCUACUGCACUGCGGAGGGAGAGUGGGUGGUUCCAGUUGGACAGUGCCAGUGCGAUGCUGGGUUUGAAGAGGUUGAAGACACCUGUCAAGAGUGUCAGCCAGGCUUCUUCAAAGCUGAGGCGUCCAGGGACAAGUGUGAACCGUGUCCUGCCAACACCCAGAGCCAGGACUCCAGGUCUUUGUACUGUGUGUGCAUGGAUGGCUUCUACCGGGCUCUUACAGACCCCAUGACUGGACCGUGCUCAGGCCUCCCUUCUGCCCCUCGAGGUCUGGUGGCCACUCCCAACUCUCUUACUCCGGGAAAACUCCUGCUUUCCUGGCAGCCCCCCGAAGACACCGGCGGUCGAAGCGACAUCACCUACAGCGUCGAGUGCCACCGUUGGGAGGGCUCGCAGCACCUGCCCUGUGGAGAGAAAAUUCGCUAUGACCCAGCAAACACGGGCUUGCUUGAUACGAAGGUGUCAGUGAGUGAACUGGAUCCUUACUUGAACUACACCUUCACCGUGGAGGUGCACAGCGGCGUGUCCAUGUUUCCCAGUCAGGCAAUGAGGCGCAGUUUCAAGCCGCAGUCCUCUGCCGCGCUGAACACAUCCCUACACUACACAGACCCGCCCAAAAUUACGUCAAUGCGCCUGGUUGAGCGGGACUCCACCAGUUUGUCUCUCUCCUGGGACGUUUUCCCUCGUCCACGGGUCCAAUCCCAGCCAAUCCGCUACGAACUCGCCUACCGCAAAAAGGACAAUAAAAUCGACGUAACUACCUACGUGGUGCUGAAGCUGGAGAAAAACUCUGUGCAGAUCAGUGAUCUCUCCCCAGGCACAGCCUACCUGGUCAAGGUCCAGGCCCUGGGUGAUGACGGCAACCAAGGAGUUUCCAGCUUGGAGGAACAAUUUGAGACGCUGUCUGAAGGUCACCUCAACAAGACUGCUGUUAUCCUUGCUGGGGUGGUUGCAGGAGUAGUCACGCUGCUCAUUCUGAUCGUCAUCGUUUUCCUGCACAGACGAAACAGAAACACACAUACCAGGCAAGGACCAGAGGACACCUACUUUUCAAGCCCCGAGCAAUUAAAACCACUAAAGACGUAUGUGGAUCCACAUACGUACGAGGACCCCAACGUAGCCGUCCUCAAGUUUGCCACUGAAAUCCACCCGAGCCACAUAAGCAAACAGAAAGUCAUCGGAGCUGGCGAGUUCGGUGAAGUUUACAGAGGCACCCUGAAAGCGCCUGGGAAGAAAGAGGUGGCGGUGGCGAUAAAGACGCUGAAGCCCGGAUACACAGAGAAGCAGAGGCAGGAUUUUCUGAGCGAAGCCUCCAUCAUGGGACAGUUUUCCCACCAGAACAUCAUCCGUCUGGAGGGAGUGGUGACCAAAUUUAAACAUGCGAUGAUUGUGACUGAAUUCAUGGAGAAUGGAGCACUGGAUAGAUACCUGAGAGACCAUGAUGGGGAGUUCUCGUCUCACCAGUUGGUGGGAAUGAUGCGUGGCAUCGCCGCAGGCAUGAAGUACCUUUCUGAAAUGAGCUACGUUCACCGUGACCUGGCUGCCCGCAACAUCCUGGUCAACACAGCCCUGGAGUGUAAAGUUUCAGACUUUGGCCUUUCCCGGGUGCUUGAGGACGACCCUGAGGGGACCUACACCACCAGCGGAGGUAAGAUCCCCAUCCGCUGGACGGCCCCGGAGGCAAUAGCCUACAGGAAGUUCACCUCGGCAAGUGAUGUGUGGAGUUUCGGCAUUGUCAUGUGGGAGGUCAUGGCGUUUGGGGAACGGCCUUACUGGGACAUGAGCAACCACGAGGUGAUGAAGGCCAUCAAUGAGGCGUUCAGGCUGCCAGCGCCCAUGGACUGUCCGUCGGCCGUCUACCAGCUGAUGCUUCAGUGCUGGCUUCAGGAUCGCGCCAAGAGGCCGCGUUUCGGAGACAUCGUCAGUCUGCUGGACAAGCUCCUGCGCAGCCCAGACUCACUAAAGACCAUCGCAGACUUUGAUCCACGGGUUUCCAUCCGCCUGCCCAGCACCAGCGGCUCGGACGGCUCCCCCUUCAGGUCGGUGUCCGAGUGGCUCGAGUCCAUCAAGAUGAGCCAGUACAGCGAGAACUUCACCCGCGCCGGCGUCGUCACCAUGGACCAGGUGCUGCAGAUGAAGAAUGAGGACAUUAAGAACAUCGGCGUGCGACUGCCCGGCCAUUUGAAGAGGAUAGCUUACAGCAUCUUGGGCUUGAAGGACCAGACCAGCACCCUGAGCGUGUUUGCUGUGUGAUCCUCCGAAUGAAAGGGAUGUGAAAUUGGACACAGGCAACCCUUUGAACUCCCAGGCUGAGCUGGAGCGUUCUGCGGGGAACGGCACCCAAACGGCAGAACCAGGACAGAAAUGUGCCAAGCUUUUGGGCCAAAUCAAUCAGACUAAUUUACUGUACCUUCUAGAUUUCCUCUUCUUUUUUUUUUUCUUUUUUUUUUUUUUGCCCACAGUGAAACGGAGCACAUACCUUCAACAGAUGUGUAAUGUAGACUUUUGAUAUUUAAAUAGCUAUUUUUGUACUAUAGUUGUCUUCCGUACCGAUGCGAUUCGUCGCUCAUUCACUUUCGUCCGUUUUCCAUUCCUGCUUCAGCUUUAUGAAAUUGCACCCUGUGUUUGUUACGAAAUGAACAGGGAGAACGUUUGUAAGAGCAGCAGAGUCCAGUCAGAGUUCAGAUUAUGAGUCUCUCACUGAUUGGCUCUCAGGAGGAUGAAAUGAGCUUGAGCUAGUCCAGAUUUAGGGUUAAAAAAAUAAAUAAAACAGGUUGUGAAUGUUUCUGCUGGUCCUGUGCAGAAAUUAAGCUAUGAUCUUAUGGGUGGUGUUUAUAUACAAAAAAACUAUAAAAAAAAUUAAAAAAAACACACACAAAAAAAGACAGGAUGAUAAGGUACUGUUUUUUUCUUUUUACAAAGCAAGUUUUUUUAUUACUAUUCCUCUUUUGCAAUGAACUGUUACAUAAAAACAUCAACAAAAACAUUUUUAUUAGAAUCAUAUAAUGUAGCACUUGGAGCGAGUCUCAUAUUUGUCACAUGAUUGUAAACAUAAACGGGCAUUUACAACCAAAAACGGACAAGCUAUUUGUCCUCUGAACCAUUUUGCAUUUUGCCUCUUUUUGUCGAGAUUUCGUGCAACAGACCAACACAUUGUUUUGUAGUGGAAGGCAAAUAUAUAUAUAAAAAAAAGAAAAAUCAUUCCCACAGCAUGGUACUGCCUCCUCCAUGUAUCAUGAGGAAAAGUUUUGUAUCUAUGCCUGAAAUUUUUUAUUUUAUUUUAUUUUUUUGUGCUGCCAUAGCGACCCGAUAGUGCCUACUUUGACCUGAUUACUGAGUUCCCUACGUUGUUUGGGGAUAAACUGCAAACAGUAUUUUAUAUGACUAUCUGACUACAAGUGGUUUUGACUUGCCACACUUCCAUUGGAGCAAGAUUUUAAUGUGUCUGGUAAAAGCUGUCAUGUCAACAGAUUCUCCUCUCUGGGAGUUGGAGCUCUGCUGCUGGGUUUCCAUCCCAUUUUGUUUUACGGCCUCAUCUCGCUUUAAACCUGGCUCUAACUUCAGCCCAGGCCUGUUUGGUCCGAGUCAAGUCGAGUUCAUUCGUUUUCCACAUUUCAACAACAAAGGCAGCUCAAAGUACUUUACACCAUAGAAACUUAAGUAGCUGAUUAUGGAACAGGCAAUAAAACGCAACAUUUUGCCAUCAUCCAAAUCAUGAAGCAAAUGUACAUUAAAUAAUCAAUGUUCCAGUUGUCGUGGAUCGGAGGCAGCUCUGAACAGGUCGGUUUUUAGCUUUGACUUAAAUGAACUCAUUGUUGUUUGCAGUGCCGUUGGCUGGAUUUUAUUUAGAAACAUCAGAGUAAAAGGGGGGUUCAAAGAGUUUUAAAACUUUCCAUUGGUCUUCCAUUUUGUGACGAUGUACGGCUUUGUGUUGGUCUGUCACGUAAAAAAAAACCCCAACCUAAUACUUGUGAUUUUGUGUUUUGUAAUUUGCAAAAAUGUGAAAAAGUUCAAGGAUAUUAAUCGCAAGGCACUGUGUAUAUGAAAGUCAAGACUUUUUUGUAAUUGAAACAAGUGGGUUUUCUUCAAAACUUGUCAAAAAAUAAGUGAGAGUCAAGAAAAAUACUCACCAAAAAAACAAAAAACCGCUGAGAGAUCUCAGCUAUAAUCUUUUUUUGCAGUUUCACCAUUUUGCAAGCGUCCUUAUUAACAUUCAAUUGAGUGAGUUAUUCUCAGAUUUAAAUGAAAUGCUUUAAGAAUGAGCUGCUCGACUCAUUCCAGACUUUUCAAAGUGCCUGUUUGUGGAAGAUGAACACCAGUCUGCCUACUCCUCUUUACAUAAAGCGGCUCUUCUGUGUAGCGAGUAGUUUGUAGUUGAAACCCCCCCAGUGCUCUUAAUCCAUGACUGCAAAUCUUGUGUGUUACUGAUGUACACCUUCUUUUACUUGAAUUUUUACCUUGUCGUUAAAUGAGUGAUUCUGUUGUAGCUCACAAACAAAUGGGAUUUUUUUUGUCGUCGUUUGUUUUGUUUUUUUAAAGGGAUUUAUUUUUUGUUAAUAUCUGGGUUUAUUGGUUGGAGUUGCAUUUUGUAAAUUUUGUACAAUAUCCAGUAUCAAUCAUAUUUUCAGACUGCUUUUUUUUGUGUGUGUGUGUGUGUGUGUGUGUGUGAGAGAGAGUUUUUUUUGUUCUAUGCUCAUGACUUCCCAAACCUUCCUUCAUCUAUGAGCAAACCCCUCCUUCCUUUGCAAAUUCUUCCUUUUUUGUCUGCUGUUUUAUGCUGUAUUUAAUAGUGUAUUUAUUUUUGAACUGUUAUUUAUUUAUCCUGAUAAACACUGAGCUGGGUUUGUAAUUGGAGGUUGCUCAUUAAGCCUUAAUUAAAAGAAAGAAAAACA